AUGUCGUCACCUCGUUUACGGGCGACGUCCCGUCUGAACCAGGUCUCCAAGCAUUUAGAUCCCAAGCCCUUCCUCGAAUUGAACACGCCCUUUGCUACCGAACGCACCACUCGCCUCGAAGACGAACACGGCAACCGCAUAGUACCCAAGAAGCCAGAAGAAGCCAAGGCACAAGUCAACCAAGUUGAGCCAGUCAAGCCCCAAGUCAAGGAGACCAAGGAGACCAAGGAACCCACCCCGGAACCACCAAAGAACAUGUCCAGCCAACCACCACACCCCGCUCUCCUCAUCCCCGGGCCCAUUGAGUUUGAUGAUGCCGUCCUCAACUCCAUGAGCCAUUACAGCGAGUCGCAUGUCGGCCAACCCUUUGUAAACACCUUCAGCGAAGUCCUAGGAAACCUACGCAAGCUCUUCGUCUCCACCGACCCUGCUGCGCAACCCUUUGUCAUCUCCGGCUCUGGUACACUCGGAUGGGAUCAAGUCGCCGCCAACCUGGUAGAGCCCGGCGAUGAGGUUCUCGUCCUACACACUGGCUACUUUGCCGACUCGUUUGCCGACUGUUUCGAGACAUAUGGCGUCAAGGCCACACAACUCAAGGCGCCCAUUGGCGAACGACCACAACUCGACGAGGUCGAAGCGGCGCUGAAGGAGAAGGAGUACAAGAUCCUGACUGUCACCCAUGUGGAUACUUCAACUGGUGUCCUGAGCGAGAUCAAGGCACUCAGCGAGCUUGUCCACCGAGUGAGCCCCGAGACGCUGGUCGUGGUAGACGGUGUCUGCAGUGUCGGCUCUGAAGAGAUCCGCUUCGACGAAUGGAAGCUCGAUGCUGUUCUCACAGCUUCGCAAAAGGGAAUUGGCUGCCCAGCUGGUUUGAGCAUCAUGAUGGUCUCUGGUCGCGCAAUCGAAAGGUUCAAGGCAAGAAAGACACGGCCAACUUCGUACUUUGGUUCAUGGAAGAAUUGGCUACCAAUCAUGCAAAACUACGAAGCCAAGAAGCCCUCCUACUUUGCGACCCCCUCGCCACAACUCAUCCACGCUCUCGACACCGCCCUCAAGCAAAUCCUCGCGAGGCCCAUUGAAGACUACUGGGCUGCCCACAAGGCUGCGUCACAAAAGGUCAAAAAGGCUGUUGAAGACCUGGGCCUCAAGCAAUUGGCUUCGAAGCCCGAGAACCAGGCUACUGGUAUGACCGCCAUCUACCUUCCUGAGGGCAUGACACCUCCUCAAGUGCUCCCCAACCUCCUUAAGAAGGGUGUCAUCUUCGCCGGCGGUCUGCACAAGGAGAUUGCCACCAAAUACAUUCGAUUUGGCCACAUGGGUGUCAGUGUGACAGAUCCCAACCGUCCAGACAUUACCAAGGCGAUUGAAAGCUUGAAGGAGGGUCUGUUCGAGGCUGGAUACAAGGCUUGAUUCAAUGUGCAGAAUGAUGACACAUUGAAAUAUCCAUAUAAACAAAAAUAGAAAAUGCCUGAAUACAAAUGAAGAACACAUUUUUAUGUCGUCAGCAAGCAGUUUUAGCAAACAAUGUCGAUGAUGCAUUUUU